AUGAUGUGGAAAGCUUUAUUUUCAUCAUUCAACUCAAAAGCUGUACUCUUCUUCACAUUCUUUACUUUUUUGCUACCGAAUAGCAAUUCGAAUUCUAUACGUAUAAGAGAAGAGUCUGCCAACCCGAACUCCGCGGAUUUGGAAGAAUUGCUUUAUGCAACAAACAAGGAUAACGAACCACACUAUACAGUCAAAAGUUACACAGUUACGGGUUUUGUAAAUUGGACGUUUUUUAAUAGUUCAAUAGAGGUGCCUCGAAGUAAAGAGGGAGAAUAUACGUUUGUGAUAAUGAUUGGAUUGGAUAUAUUUUUAGUGAUUUUUGUUUUGAUGUUCCUCGGUUACACCAUUUCCAAAUGCUUUAUCAAACUUAGAGAAGACUACACAGAGUUAUUAAUCCAAAAGCAGGCAAAUGAAACACAAAUGGAGACAAGAGGUCUUCAAUCAUAUGCUCGAUCUUUAGCUUUGAGAGGAAUACAGACUAAAAUGAGAGGAAGGAGGCAAUUAAGAGCAAUUGGUAGAGUGAGCAAUUUGAGCAGAAUAAGCAUUUUUGAAGAGAAAGGGUUUGGAAAGAAAAGAGGUCCUCAAACUCCCAUAACACUUUCUGUCUACGAAAAGCUUUCUGAUUCACUACGUGAGGGUUUACCCGUUCCACCUGGCUUUAAAAAAGGAAAAACAGUUAAAUCAGAAUCAAAUACAGAUCAAAAACCUGCAUUGACAAUUUCUGAAUACGAAAAACUGUCCAACUCUUUACGUGAAGGUGUGCCAAUUCCUAAAGGUUUUGAGGAAAGAAAACUUUCUACUACUCCGGUUAUGAAUAAUCAAAAAACUCCAGUAAUUCAACAACAAACAAAAAUUCAACCAAUUACAAAAUCAUCAAAACUUCCUGAAGCUACAAAAAACAAAAAUAACCUCCAAGAAGAAGCCAAGGAGUCUAAGAAAAAUGAAACUAAAAUUAAAGAAGAAAAAAAUACAAAGAAGGAAAGUAAAAGAAGUGAAACAGUCAAAACAACUCCAAAAGUAGAAAGUAAAAAAGUCAGUCAAAAAACAUCAGAAAAUUCGAAAGAAGAAAAGAAAACUGUCAAAACUUCAAUUGAAGAGAAUAAACCGAAAACUUUAAAAGAAGAGCAAAAAACAAUAAAAACUCCAAAAGAAGGACAGAAGAACGUCAAAACUUCUCCGAUUGUGGAAAAUAAGAAGAAAGUUAUAAAUCAAAAAGAAACCAGAAAAACAUUAAAAAUAUCAGAAGAUAAUAGAAUAUCAACAUCAUCAAGUCCAAAAGUCGAGAAGAAGACUGCAAAUGAUGAACAGAAAGUGAAGACAUCAAAAGUUGACAAAAAGGCAACAACAACAAUGACGACAACUUUAACUCCAAAGAAAGAACAAAAAGAGGGAGGUAAAAAUUCUGAUAAAAACCCAACAGAAACAGCAACUCCAAAAAAGAAUCAAAAGACAAAAUUAGAGAAUUUAAAGGAAAACAAAAAUAUUUCUGUCAAAACUUUUAGAGAAGAACAAAAAAUAGAAGAAGAAAUUACUCCAAAAGAAUUUAAAAAAGAAGAGGAAAUUCAAAAAGAAGAAAGGAAUAAAACAAAACUUGUUGGUGAAGAAGAGGAGAAUUCUACAACUACAGGAAGUUUAUCUGAUUAA